AUGCCCGGCCAGCCGCUCAAGCCAAUGUUGACGGGAGCCCUUCUCAAGAAACCGAAGGCCCGGACGGCGGAGGAGCUUUUAGGCUCUCCGAUUCUGAUGGCGAACGAGGACAUGGCCAAGGAUGAGAAGAUGACCGUCGAGUGCAACGACCUGCAGGCCCAGAAGGAGCAAGACAAGUUUACCGGCAAAUUCAGCGAUUUCGAGAAGGUGGAUGAGAAGUUCACCGGCGACAACGAGACCCACGUGGAAGAGAAGCCGCACAACCUGAAGAAGCUCGGCGAGGACAACAAUUCGCCCAAUUUUCCGAAGACGUUCUCCCACCUCGACUUUACUCCUUCGAACCGGGGUGAGGCCCAGAAGAAGAAGCUGCUCCUCGACAUCUCCCUCUCGCCGAUUGUUGGUAACGCGAAGAUGAGCCAAGCCGACGAACAGCAUCCCAGCCAAGCUCAAGCCGUCGACUUGCUCGAGGAUUUGCCGGACCGGGUUACGUCGAUCGAGCUGAACCGCUCGAUGUCCGAGGCGGACUUCGUCGACUGGAUCGACAAUGACGACUCG